AUGUCGAAUUCAAAACUUGUACUAAGAAAUGAUAAUUCCAUUAGUUAUUACGAUUACAGUCUUCAACUAAAUCGAUGGUUCCUCAAACCAAUCGGUGCUUGGCCAGAAAAAAAUACGUCUAACGUGAUUAAAAAUGUUUUUGUACUUAUACAGAUUCUCAUUUGUUGGACAAUACUGAUUUUCAUAUCGGGACCGUGCUUAUUAUAUGUAUUAUUUGAAGCAAAGGACAUCCCGUCGAAACUGAACGCAGUGGGUCCACUGCUUCACAGGAUUAUGGGCUCGGUAAAUUAUUUGACACUGCUUAAACGUAGGAGAGACCUUCGCGUUUAUAUGCAACACAUGGCUAUGGACUGGCAACUAAUCCAAAGAAUUGACGACCGUGAGAUUAUGCUACAAUACGCCAAAUUUGGGCGUCUCAUUUCCGGGAUUUGUGGAAUAAUUAUGCAAGGCAGUACUAUGCUCUUCAGUAUAACCAAGACAACGAAAAAAGUACCUAUCGUUGUCGAUAAUCAGACCGUGAUGAUGUAUCCGAUGGUAUGUCCAUCGUAUCAAAAGUUUAUUGAUACGAAGUUUAGUCCCACGAACGAAAUCGUGCUAUCUGUGCAAUUCUUGUCGACAUUUAUAGUGGGUUCUGCUACAGCGGGAAUUUGUAGCUUAGCUGCUGUCUUCGCGACGCACGCCUGUGGUCAAUUAAAUGUGCUGUACAAGCGGUUGGAUGAACUAGACAAGAAAGAUGAGAAAGAGAACAAGCCAGCUGAACAAAAAAUGAUCAUCAUCGUGGAACAUCAUUUGAGAAUAUUAAGUCAAAUAACGCGCAUGGAGAGUAUUAUGCACAAUGCCUGUCUUGUAGAAAUAAUGGGAAGCACAAUUAAUAUGUGUUUACUUGGAUAUUAUUCCAUUAUGAAUUGGGCUAAUUUUGACGGGGCAAAAAUAACAUCUUAUAUUAUAGUAUAUGUUUCGCUCACUUUUAAUCUCUUUAUAUUUUGUUACAUCGGCGAAAUUCUCACAGAACAGUGUAAAAAUGUUGGACAUGCAGCAUACAUGACUAAUUGGUACAAUUUGAAUCCAAAAACUGCACGUGGCCUUGUAUUAAUAAUUGCUCAAUCGAGUAAAAUGAUCAAGAUAACUGCAGGCAAAUUAUUUUCAUUAUCUAUCGCCACUUUUGGAGAUGUACUUAGAACUUCCGUGGCAUAUUUGAAUAUGUUGCGAACGAUGACGAUGUAA